GUCGGUCUCAUUACUGGGUGGAAUGGUUAUGGGAAAAUGGGGGGGUGUAGGAGAGAGUGGCACAUUAAACUACACUAGUCAUGACCUCUGGCACAAAGGAGAGAGCUUUGGGCAGUAUCCAACCACUGGUAUAAAUCUAGAGAUGGGCUUACUUCCCAACAACAUAAAAUUAGAAAGAAGUAAAAUGUAUAACGUAAGCAAGAAAUUCACUCCAAAGAUAAAAUCACAUAUAACUGUGUCAAAUGUUCUGUAAAGAACAAAAUACAAUGGGUAACCAUUAUGCUAUUGUUUAAAAAAAUCAGCAUUGACAUUUUAAAAUGUAUUUCCCUUUGUUCUGCAGGGCAGCAGAAGGUGACGAUGACCAAUGGUUAGCUGUAAAGCUAUUGAUUCACUUAGAUAAACAUUAAUUGGUAAGAGAGUUUUUGAUAUUAUCAUACAGUAACAGGAGCACAUAACCAUUUUUAGCAAUCUCUCCAUCCUGGCUUUAAAUAUGGUUCUUCGUGGCCUUUCUCGGUUAACAUGGCUGAAGCAAGUCAUUCUGUUUUUUGCUGGUGGGUUCUUCCUGUACUUCGCCACAGAGGAAACUUACCUGGCUCUAAAAGAAAAGAAAGACAAUUUAUCAGAAAUGUUAUUGUCUUCAGCAAAAAUUGACUGCCUCAAAACUAUCAGAGGAGAUGCUGAAGAACCAAAAGAUGCAUAUUUACAACAUUUCAAAAGAAGAAAGAGUAAGACACCAUUAUCUGAGGAUUACUUUCUGAAUAUUACUAAGGACUGUAAAACCUACAGAACCAUUAGAAAGUUUAUUUCCUUUUCAAUGAGCAAAGAAGAACAAGAAUUUCCCAUUGCCUACUCUAUGCUGAUCCAUGAAAAGAUUGAAAUGUUUGAGCGACUCUUAAGGUCAAUUUAUGCCCCUCAGAAUAUUUAUUGUGUUCAUGUAGAUGAAAAAUCUUCAGAGCCUUACAAGGAGGCUGUACGAAGCAUUAUUUCAUGCUUCAAUAAUGUUUUUGUGGCAUCCAAGUUGGAAAGGGUGGUCUAUGCUUCAUGGUCAAGAGUUCAGGCUGAUCUCAACUGCAUGGAAGACCUCCUGAAAAGCAAUGUUCAAUGGAAAUACUUCUUAAAUACAUGUGGAACGGACUUCCCGCUGAAGACGAAUGCUGAAAUUGUGAAAACUCUAAAGUUAUUGAAUGGGAAAAAUAAUCUUGAAUCCAUGCAAGCGCCUCCAAAUGACUCAAGAUGGCUUUUUCAUCAUGAGGUGCAAACAGCUGUUUUUAGAACCAACAAACGAAAAACCUUACCACCAAUAAGCAUCCCAAUGUUUUCAGGCAGUGCUUACAUUGUUGUAACCAGAGAGUUUGUUAAGUACAUAUGUGAAAAUGAAGAAAUUCAAAAAUUCCUUAGAUGGGGGGAAGAUACUUAUCACCCAGAUCAGCAUAUUUGGGCAACAAUAAACCGCAUACCUGAAGUACCUGGAUCUAUACCUUAUAGUCCAAAAUAUGAUGUUUCAAACCUGCAUUCAAUUGCAAGGCUGGUUAAGUAUGUAUUUGAAGAAGGUGAUGUAUUCAAGGGGGCUUCAUACCCACCAUGCACUGGGACUCACCAGAAUUUCAUUUGUAUCUAUGGAUUUGGAGAUUUACUGUGGUUACUAAGAAAACAUCAUCUAUUUGCCCAUAAGUUUGACCCUGCGGUGGAUGAUAUGGUAAUACAAUGCAUAGAAGAACAUCUGAGGCAUAAAACUCUAUAUAAGACUGAGAUGUGAUUUCAUACAAGUAUGUUUUAAACUUAGUGAGCAGUUUAUCCUUUAUAAAAACCAGAUUAACAAAAUGUAAUUACCUGAUAAUACUGCAUGUGUGUAUGGGCAUUUUGCUUUAGAAACAGAGCUUGUUUUAUACUUUUCUAUAGGGAUUUUCUAUUUUAUAAGUUUCUAUUUCUAUUUGAUUAGGUUUACCCAAUAUACAGUAUGAAGAACCACCAAAGUUGUGGGCACCAUUCCUGGAACAGCUACGAAAAAGAUCUAAUUAUGCGCA